AUGUGGGUAUGCAACCCAUUGGAUUUUUACGUUAUAAUACGUUCACGAUGUUCUCUAGGUCAGAACUAUCAUUGGACGAUCGGUCAUAGGAAAAUUUGUAAACACUACAACAAACUGACUACUUCACCGUGGUUCUCUGGAAUGGAGGUUCAUGAGCAGAUGGAUGCUUUGCUUUUAUCAACGCUUGCCGCCAGGAUUGAAUGCCUCAAGCUGUCCUUAGACGAUGAAGCAUCACCAUUAUAUACCUUCAUGAGCCUCAUUCCUGGACCGUCGCCGUCACCUCAUCCCUCUCUCAUUCUCGCGAAGAGUUCACUCUCAACUGAAACGAUCAAUGCACUGUUUUCGCGCUUCGCGAACAACAACUUCUCCGUACAUUCGCAUUUCCAUACCUACGCGCAUGGCAUCUUUCCGCUAGCGAGCCGCUUGUUCAAUCAUUCUUGUGUGCCGAAUGCCGCUGCUAAGUAUGUCAUCAUACCCGGAGGUUCUGUAAGGAUGGAUGUCGUUGCGUUGCGCUCAAUAUCAGCAGGGGAAGAGAUAAGUCUUCCGUAUAUUGAUCCAGCACUCUUACAGACCCGUAGCACGGUCUUUCGUCUCACCUACGGAUUCAUCUGUUAUUGUCCCUCGUGCACUGUACUGGAUGCGAUCGGGGAAGUUCCUGAACCUCCUAGGGACAAAGCCCAGCUGAAUAGAAUAUCUAAGAAUUUGGAAACCUUCGUAACAGUGCACAGGGAUCAGCUUCCACUUUAUAUAGGCAACAUUCAAGCGUUCCCCGGCUCUCUCUAUUGUGUUCUCCACGAAUCAUAUCUGACAUCUGUAUCAGAGAUGUUCAGCAAUGCUGCUCACGAUGGAUCUUACGAUGUGGCGUUGGACACGGGUACAACGUUAACGGCCCUCUACCGUCUGAUAUAUCCUCCCAAUUAUCCUCAAAUAGGUUUACAUCUGUUGGAACUGUCCAAGGCAAUGUGGAAUAAGAUCAUUACCACUAACACGGAUGACCAGCGGUUCAAGAGCCAGAUGUCGACGGCUCUCUGUGAGGCGGAACAAAUACUGGUUCUCAUCUUGGGGAAAGAGGGAGAUGAAGGGGACGGGCCGUGCAAGGAGAUCAAGUUAUUGAAAGAUUUACUCGAUAAAGAGCAACUCUCGCAUUUAAAUCGUGCUUCUACACCUACGCCAGCGGCAAUACGCUUGGCGUUGUACUCUUUCACACGGUCAUUGCGGGUAUAA